AUGGGCACUUUUACCUUUAGAUGGCCUCACGCCGCUGAGGAGGUCUACGUGACCGGCACCUUUGACGGCUGGUCCAAGAGUGAACAGCUCGACAAGGUUGGCGACCAUUUCGAAAAGACAGUCACCCUUCCCGAUUUCACAGAGAAGGUCUACUACAAGUUUGUUGUCGACGGACGUUGGACCACCGAUCACACAGCACCACAAGAAAAAGACCACGAAGGAAACGAAAACAACGUUUUGCUACCCGAGAACCUCAUCAGAACCACAGACCCAUCAACACAAGAACCAGAGCAACAAGCCAUGUCGAAUGAGAACCGCAAGGUAGAAGGGAGCAGCAAUACAGGAGAGCCCAGCUUUGCAGAGACCAUCAUGAGCGCACUCAACACUGUAACGCCCGAUUCGACGGCGCAAUCUGUCAGCAACCCUCUGGAGAACAAGAAGAACCACGGCCCUCCAGGUGGCUGGGUUGAGACCCCUGCGGCCGACGGCGACAAGACCUUCAGCGUUAGCCCCCUUCCUGCCACAGAUGGCGCUCUCAACCCCAUCGACCUCAAGCCCGGCGAAAAGAUCCCUGAUAGCUUCUCGGCCCAAAAUGUCAACACCCACGUUACUCUGGAUAAGGAGUCGUACGAAAAGAGCGACCGCAUUCCCGGCGUCGAUUUCAGCACAUCACCUGUUGCUGCUCCUACCGUGACCACUGAUGCGGAGACCGAAUUCAAGGUCAACCCUCUUCCUGCAACUGAGGGUGCUCUCAACCCCUUCAAGCUCGCACCCGGCGAGAAAAUUCCCGAUGACGUCAGGGCUGCAGACAUCAACACCAACGUUACACUAGAUAAGGAAUCGUACGAGAACAGCCCCGAUCGGAUUCCCGGCCUCGACGCCGCAUUGCCCCCGAUUUCCAAGAACAUGAUCCCCGAAUCCAGCCUUCCCAUCACUAGCAACAACGAUGUCUUCAUCAACACCGUCACCCCCAUCUCAACCACUGCUGCCUUGGCUGCCCAGGUUCCCUUUGACGAGCCUGCGGUUCCCGAGGCUGUCAGGGAAAGUCAGGAGAAGGCCCACGUGGAGCCCGGCGCAAGUGGUAUGGCCGAGGAGGUAAAGGUCAAGGCCGCCGUUGAGGAUGAGCUGUUGCACAAGGUUUCUGAGGUCCCCUCAACCUCCGAAGGCACUGCUGGAUAUGGCACCGAAAAGGCUGAGACUGACUUGUCCCUUGCCGAUGCUGUUGCAUUCGCCGGUAAUGCCGCUGCCGCUGCUGUCGUCGGCGCUGCCACCGUUGCCGCCGAUAAGCUCCCCGGUGUGCUCGAGAGCACCGCAAACGCCGCGGUAAAUGUUGGUAGCAAGAUCCCUGGUGCCGUUAAUGCGACCGCCAAUGCGGCUGUCGAUGUUGGCAGCAAGAUCGGACAAACCGCCAGCGAAGCUCUUGGUACUACCGCCAAUGCCGCCACCAACGCUGCGUAUGCCGCCAAAGACACCACCAGUGAUGUGCUUGGCAGCGCUGCCAAUGUUGCUGCUAGUGCCGGUACCCAGGUGCAGGAAACCGCCGCCAACACUGCUAGCACAGUCCAGCAGACUACCGCUGACGCUACAUCGACUGUUGCAAGCAGCCUCCCGAGCGUGCCAGACGUCACUGGCCACCUACCACAGGCGGUCCAGAAUAUUCUCCCUACGUCGUUUCAACCGGCGUUCCAAAACGGUCAGGCUCUUCCUACUUCUGCCGAGGUUGAGAGGUCCCUCGCGGCAGAAAAGGCAUCACGCGUUGAGGGGAUUUCUGCGGCCGUUCCUAUUGAGGUCAAGGAUUCCAUUGAGAAGGCUGGCGAGUCGCCCGAAGCUACCACCAAUGCCGCGGCAGUCUUGGAGAAGCAGGCCGUUGAGGCCGAGCUGCUGAGAGAGGUGAAGCCCACACAGGCCGAGCCCCCGGCCGUAGCCGCGUCGGUUCCAUCAGAAGUCAGGGAUUCCCUCCAGCAAGCCGAUGAGUCUCCCGAGGCUGCUGCUUAUCCUGCCGCUGUUGAGGACAAGAAGGCCGUUGAGAAUGAGCUGCUGAAGACCGUGAAGCCCACGGAGUCUGUCCCGCUAGCCUUGGCCUCGGCAGUUCCAGGAACCGUCAAGGAUUCCAUCACAAAGGCCGGUAAGGCUCCCGAAGCCGCCGCCAAUGCCGACGUUGUAGCGGAGAAGACUGCCGUCGAGGCCCAGCUUCUACAGGAAGUCAAGCCCGUCGAGGUAGUAGCCGACAAGAAGGCCGUUGAGGCUGAACUCCUACACGAGGUCAAGCGCACUGAGCCUACUGGCGAAUCAUCCACAAAGGCAACCACCAACGGCACGGCAACCAAUGGUUCGGCAGCCAACGGUUCGCCAGCGAACGGUGCAGCGGCCAAUGGUUCAACAGCCGCUGCUUCCAAGCCCGUUGAGACACCGGUCACUCCAACAACGCCGACAGCUACGGAGGGUUUCCAUGCUGCCAAUGGCAAUGGCAAGGCGACUGAGCAGCCGACUGUCACCACUGGCCCUGAGACUACGACCACGACCACGGCCUCUGCCUCUACCACCCCAGAGAGGAAGAAGAAGAACCGAGUCAGUGGUUUCUUCAGCAAGCUCAAGCACAAGUUCGCUUAG